GUCAUAUUAUUGGUUAAACGGAAGCCGGUUCGAAAAUCACGGCUAGAGUGCAUCUUGCACGUGAUUUAAACAAAUUAUAUUUUUUAUUUAUUUAUGAAUCAAUGUUUUAAUGAUCCCAACAGAGCAUACUGUUACCGUAUCUACUGGGGACUAUCUAUUAUUUAAAAAUGAAAUAUGGACAUAGAGCAUAGUGUUACGGUGAAACUAUUAUUUUUUGCAAAGUCCAAAGAACUCUCUGGAUUUAAAGAAACAACACUAUCUAUUCCUAAAAAGAUCUCAUAUAAGCAACUAUUAAACAUUAUUGCGAAGAAGUACAACCUUGAAACAAUAAAAAAUAAUAUUUUGCUCGCGAAAAACGAGGUUGUGUGUGAGGAAACAGUGGAUAUAGUGGUGAGUGACAGAGAUAGCAUAGCUGUGAUACCACCACUGAGUGGAGGAUAA